CUCUCCGCAAUACACCACAUGGAUGAAGUCAAAGAGAUUUCAACAUGUCCACCAUACCUCCUUACACCUAUACCAAACUUGACGAGAGCAGACAAGAGAUUCGCCUCAUUUCCGUGCUUCCCAGCGACAACCACAUCGACCAGGUUCGCCUCAAGAUCUUACAUGUCCCGUUCAAGAUCAAGGAGAAGAAGAUACUCUGGGAAAAACCAGACAUCGAUGCAAUAAAUUUGACACUCCCACAAGAUUGGGUUGCGCAUGAAACGAUUGAAGGUCGUGUCUUGUUCUACUGUAUGGAGAAAGAGGAGGAUGACUACCCCACAGUGACCUGGCAACGUCCCUAUCUUUACAUUGCAGAUGAUGAGAUGGAAGAGGUACACUUUCGGGAUUCCAAUUAUAUGAUCCGUGAUGCAGAUACCUUUGAGCCCAGAUUUGACGCCCUUUCGUAUACUUGGGGCUCAUUUGCUGAGGUGGAGAUUGCCUGUGUUGUGGGUGACGAUGGAGAUGGAGUCGAAGGCGCAAUUCCUGCAACGGGAGACCGAUCACUUGAGAUCACCGAGAAUCUUGCAGUCGCUCUAAAGCAUUUGCGCUACAGUGAUCGGCCAAGACUGAUAUGGGUGGAUGCUAUUUGUAUCAACCAGCAAGACGUCGAGGAGCGAAACGAGCAAGUCUUGAGGAUGAGUGACCUUUACAAACAUGCUGAUCAAGUCGUUGUAUGGCUGGGCACUUCAUCCAGCAAUAGCGCAAAAGCAUUUGAAAUUCUGGAACACGUCGGAAAACAGAUCGAAUACACUAUCGAUACCUACGUAGUGCGAUCGCCUGAGGCGGAUCCAUUUGCUGAUUGGUCUGAUUUCGAUUACUCGCCAUUUGAUGUGGAGACUUGGAAAACUAUCAGGGACCUGAUAACAAGACCAUGGUUUGAGCGGGUUUGGGUGGUGCAAGAGAUUCAGUUGGCUAACUCGAGGGCCAUUUUACAAUGUGGAAAAGAUAGAAUGCGCUGGUAUUAUUUCCGACGGGGUAUAAUUUGUCUACGGAACAAGAUCCAGCAUAUACCCGAGAGUAUGAUAGAGAGAGUAUUGGCUGUUGGAAAGAUGUGUGAUCCGCUCCUUGGUUGGUCCUUGCCAGAUUUACUUGUGGUCAGUAGCUUCAAGAAAUGCAUCAAUCCUUUGGACAAGGUAUACGGUGUUCUCGCUCUGGCUCCAGAAGGCUUUGCGAACACCCUCAAGCCCGACUAUGCUUUGUCCCCGAUCGACGGGUAUAGAGCAACUUUUCUGGAAUAUACUUUUCAGUCGCAACGGUUGUCCCUUUUGCACCAUUGCCAUUCUAAUCAGCCAGACAAGGACUGGCCUUCGUGGGUGCCUGACUGGUCAAAUUCAGAUAAAGAGACGCUCGACUUUUAUCUCCACUCGCACGCCAGUGGUGAUUCAUCGGCACAUUGGCGGUACUCGAAACCUCACAUUCUUAGGGCAGCAGGGGUCCAGGUCACGACAGUCUCCUACGUCUCAAAAUGGUUACUCACACCCAAAGGGGACGUUGACGGGUUCAUCUCGGAACUUGGACUUGAGAAGAUGCGAAGCUUAAGAGACCCAACUGGUCUAAGUUUACUUGAUGCCUACCUGCACGUCAUGUGUCGAGGUCAAUUUGAGGAAACAAUGGAUGUACCUGAUACGCCAGCCUACUUGGCGCUAGAAGAUAUCCGUACUGAGCUGUUGGAGGGGUCAAGUUCAAGGAAUUCUGUUCUCAUGGAUCCUGACUUGAGAUGGAAGUCAAAACGAAGAGUCAUUCUAACGGAGAGAGGUUACAUGGGGAUGGCGCCCGAACAUGUUAAAGAAGGUGAUAUCGUAUGUAUUCUUCUUGGUAGCAAUUUGCCAACAAUCUUACGUCCAGACGCGACAAGCACAAGAUUCAACAUCGUUGGACACUCUUAUAUUCAUGGACUAAUGAAUGGCGAGGCUCUUCUUGGACCAGUAUCAAGGCCUUGGCGGAGCAAAAGAAGAAUGAAUUGGCGUGGAGUAUGGGAGGCAUGCUUUGAACACGAGAAGACAGAACAAUUAUUAGACGUUGCUGAAGAUCCACGUCUAUAUUCGGUCCCUGAUGAGUGGGAACGUCUAGAGAAUGAUGAUCCUCAUCAUAUUCAAAAGUGGAAGAACACACAAACGGGUGAGAUCAUAAAUUCUGAUCCACGGCUGCUACCCGACGCUCUGGUAGAACGAGGCGUUAUGUUGCAGAUGUUUAUUAUCACAUGAGUUCUUGUCUUAAAUCAAGGUAUGGUGGUAAAAGUUUAAAAUAGAUCAUUUGUCGGCAACAGGACGUCGCAUCAAAGUGUAUUCGAUAUCAGGCUUCCUCCCCCAAUGAGGCGGAACUGGG